GGUUGAUCAUGGCGCAAAUUAACUACAACCUCGACAAAAACCUGGACCCACUGUGGUUCGCUUACCGCCACAACAGAUCAACUGUGGAUGCGAUCUCGCUGGCCUUCCACUCCGCUCUGGACCACUUGGACAACAAUAACCUAUAUCAGGCUGUUAUUUAUUGAUUACAGCUCGGCAUUUAAUACAAUCAUCCCCUCCAAGCUGGUUACCAAACUCACAGAACUGGGUCACUGCCCAUCCCUCUGCAAUUGGAUCCUCGACUUCCUCAUUCACAGACCACAGUCUGUUCGUCUUGUUGGAAAUGUGUCAGACUCGAUAACAAUCAGCACGGGAGCACCUCAGGGCUGCAUGCUCAGCCCCCUGCUGUACUCACUCUAUACUCAAGACUGCAUAGCUGGUCAUAGUGCGAACUCCAUCAUCAAGUUCGCUGAUGACACCACUAUUGUGGGACGUAUCACUGAUGGGGAUGAUUCAGUAUAGAAGAGAGAUCGAGCAACUGUCCUUAUGGUACCAGCGCAAUAACCUGGCCCUCAACACCAGCAAAACCAAGGAACUGAUUGUGGACAUUGGAAGGAGUAGGAUGGGGACCGUUUAUAUCAACGGGUCGAUGGUUGAAAGGGUCAAGAGCUUCAAAUUCCUGGGCAUGCACAUCUCUGAAGAUCUUUCCUGGUCCGAGAACACUGAUGCAAUUAUUAAGAAAGCACAUCAGCACCUCUACUUCCUGAGAAGAUUACGGAGAGUCGGUUUGUCAAGGAGGACUUUCUCUAACUUCUACAGGUGCAGAGUAGAGAGAAUGCUGACCGGUUGCAUCGUGGCUUGGUUCGGCAACUUGAGCGCCCUGGAGAGGAAAAGACUACAAAAAGUAGUAAACACUGCCCAGUCCAUCAUCGGCUCUGACCUCCCUUCCAUUGAGGGGACCUAUCGCAUUCGCUGCCUCAAAAAGGCUGGCAGUAUCAUCAAGGACCCACACCAUCCUGGCCACACACUCAUCUCCCUGCUACCUUCAGGUAGAAAGUACAGGAGCCUGAAGACUGCACUCGGACAAAACUCUGAACAUUAAAGGCCCAUUAUCUGUUAUUUGCACUUCAUCAGUUUAUUUAUUCAUGUGUGUCUAUAUUUAUAUAAUGGUAUAUGGAUACGCUGAUGUGUUUUGUAGUCAAUGCUUACUAUAUUUAGUUGUGCUGAAGCAAAGUAAGAAUUUCAUUGUCCUAUCAGGGACACAUGACAAUAAACUCUCUUGAAUCUUGAAUCUUGAAAUUUCCAAGAGUAAAAAAAUACUCAUGAUGAAGUACCACGCGUUUGAUUUACUUUUUUUAACUCGGGAGAACUCUUGUGUAAACUCGCAUUGUGGGACAGGGGCUUAAACUGCAUUGUUAGCAUUUUUUUUGUUUGGUAAAUAGAGAGAUUGUGAGUGAUGCGAGUAUAUCUCAUUGGUUUGACCCAAAGAGGCAAAAGAUACAUCAAGGUCUGUGGAUCACACACGUGAGGUAGUUGUCCUGUUUCUUAUUUUGGUGCUGACUUUCAGUGAUUUCACGAAGUUGCUUGUUGGCCAUGGAUGGAUGUGGUCGCAGUUCACCGCAACAGAUAUUGGAACAUACUGCCUCCAUUUUAGGGUGCAGUAUUACCGAUGAGAAGCUUGCAAUUCAUUUGGAUCAAGAAGAUGAACUGCAACAUUUUAGAGAUCAAUUUCAUAUCCCCAAAAUGAAAGACUUGCCUUCCACUGACCCAGCUUUGGUAAAAGGGGAGGAAGAGUGUGUUUACUUGUGUGGACACUCCCUUGGACUGCAACCAAAGAAAACAAAGGCUUAUAUAAAUGAAGAGCUUGACAACUGGGCUAAAACAGGUGUCCAUGGUCAUUUCCAUGGUUCUUAUCCUUGGGCAUUAGCUGAUGAAUGUCUUGUUGAACUAAUGGCUAAUAUAGUUGGUGCUAAAAAAGAAGAAACUGCAUUGAUGAAUGGACUGAGUGUGAACUUGCAUCUCCUGUUGCUGUCCUUCUACAAGCCAACAUCAAGCAGACAUAAGAUUCUUAUGGAAGCAAACGCAUUUCCUUCUGAUCAUUAUGCAGUGGAGUCUCAAAUCCGUCUUCAAGGUCUGGAUCCCAAGAAAAGCAUGUUUUUGCUGUCUCCUGCAAAGGAUGAAGAGACUCUGAGCACAGACGACAUUUUAUCUACAAUAGAAAGGGAAGGUGACAGUAUUGCUGUGAUACUGUUCAGCGGAGUACAAUAUUACACAGGACAGCUUUUUGACAUGGUUUCAAUAACAAGAGCAGGACAUGCCAAGGGGUGUUAUGUUGGCUUUGACCUUGCCCAUGCUGUUGGGAAUGUAGAAGUGCGUCUGCAUGACUGGAACGUAGACUUUGCCUGCUGGUGUAAUUACAAGUAUUUGAAUUCUGGUGCUGGAGCUUUAGCAGGAGCGUAUAUACAUGAAAAACACAAUUUUACCAUAAAACCGACAUUACUUGGUUGGUGGAGCCAUGAUUUAUCAACCAGAUUUCAGAUGGACAAGAAACUGGAUCUAACUCCAGGGGUGAAUGGAUUUCGAAUAUCUAAUCCCCCCAUUUUAUUGAUUCGCUCACUACAGGCUAGCUUAGAGAUCUUCAAUCAAGCUGACAAGAAAGCAUUGCGUAAAAAAUCUGUUUUGCUUACUGGCUACUUGGAGUAUCUGAUCAAACAUUAUCAUUCAAAAGUUCCAGAUAACCCACAGAAACUAUUCAUCAAUAUCAUUACUCCCUCAAAUGUUGAAGAAAGAGGCUGCCAGCUCUCAUUGUUGUUCUCAGACCACAUCAACAAGAUUUUUGUGGAACUCUCAAAGAGAGGUGUCGUCCCUGACAUCCGGGAACCAAUCCUUCGAAUAGCACCUGCACCUCUUUACAACUCCUUUUAUGAUUUAUAUAAAUUUAUCAACAUAUUGAAUGAAUCACUUCAGGUUGUCUCAAACCAGCUGAAAGAUGGAAUGUAAAAAGUGUUGUGCAAAAUUCCAUUUUGCAAGAAGCAGCUCCAUGCUACAGGAAAGUAUUUAGCCUAAAUUUAUGCUGCUGGCUUUGCGCAUUCUGGGGGAAAAUAAACAAGAAUUCAGAAACUGUUUUUCUUAAAUAAAGAAAUUAUUGCCUCAAAUGAAUAAAUUUAGAACAAGUGCAAAUUUCAUGGUGCAGUCUCACGAUAACAAUCAUUAUUUAAUAUUCAAGCUAAUAAUACACCAGUAAUUAAUCUGUGAGCUUUGAUCAAUAAACUUCAGUCUUUACUCUCAGGUAUCUAAAUUAGUCUAUUGCUACAUCCUUCUGCACGUUACCUAAUUAAGUGGCUAUCUAAUUGUCUCCAAAACAUAAUGAUUGUAAGGCCAAUGAUAUCAAUGAUUUCAACCAUACUCUGUAUUAAAAAAAGAUCCCUCAACUCGACUUUUCUCUCACCUUAAACCUACUUGUUUUUGAUAUUCCUACCAUGGGAAAAAUGAUUUUGACUAUUGACAUUAUCUAUGCCUCCAAAGAAAACAAAUACAGUUUAUCUGAUUUCUACCUAUAACUAAUGUUCUCCAAACCAGGCAAAAUCCUGGUGAAAUUUCUCUUCACUCUGUCCAGGGCUGUUGCAUGUGUGCAAACCAUAACUGCGUACAAUAUUCCCAAGAGCAGUCUAACCAGUGCUUUCUAAAUUGACAAGAUCAUGUCCCAACUUAAUAUUCUAUGCCCAAAACUAUGAAAUCAAGCAUACGAUGUGUCUUCUUCACCAUCCUCUCUACCUGGGUUGUCACUUUCAGGGAAAUAUAGCUUUUCACCCUUACUAGAACUUACUGCUCCCAAUAUACUUUUGUUGACCCUUUUGCAUGCUAUUGGUAGCAAUGUUACAACAUUUUGAGAUUUAAAAAAUCAAGUCUGCAAUUUAUCCCAUCCGAUAAAGCAUAAAAAUAAGUUUAAUUCGACACCUAAUUCACUUUCAUAUCUUCAGUAUUAAAAAAGUUAUGGCCAUUUUCAUAUUCUGAAAUUAGCAUCUUGUUCCCUAUUGCUUUUCCAUUGACUUAACUCAAAAGCUGUGAUCGAGGACAGUCAAAAGCCCAUAACUUUCUUACAAAUUAAGAGAACUGAAUGAACGUAUGAAUAUUGAAUUCGUUAAUUUUAUUUACUAAUAUUGUACAUUAGUAACUGUAGUUCACUUUCACUGUACCUCAGUACACAUGACAAUAAAUUGAACUAAACUAGUUUAGUUUAGUUUAGUUUAGUUUAGUUUAGAGAUACAGUAUGGAAACAGACCCUUCAGCCCACCAAGUCCAUGCCAGACAUCGAUCACCCGUACAUCAGUUCUAUGUUAUCCCACUUUUACAUCCUACAUGUCGGAGGCAAUUUACAGAAUCAAAUUAACCUACAAACCUACACAUCUUUGGUAAGUGGGAGGAAACACACGCGGUCACAGGGAGAACAUGCAAACUCCGCACAGACAGCAUCUGUAGUCAGGAUCAAACCCAGGUCUCAGGCACUGUGAGGCACCAGCUCUAACUCGCCAGCACUGUGAUACCUCUGCACCAUUGUGGCGCCCCAAUCUGAAAUUCUAUUGUGAAAGAGAAUUUAUUGAAAUCUAGUCUUUAACAGCCAAGAUAUGAGUACAGUGGGAGAACCAUAAAAUUUAUAUUGAUUUAGUACAACAUAAGUAUGAAUAAAAUUGCCAUUUGUGCAUUAAUCUGCUCUGUUUUCUAUAAUUUCUGUAAUGCAAAGCAGGAUAGCAAUAAUGGAUAAAAAAAUACUAAAUGUUAAACAAUCACUUUAUUUUAAAAGAUACAAUCGCAGGUUAAAAUGAAAUGAUCAUCUUUUCAGUCACAGAUAUACUCAGCAUUUUAGUUUUAAUAUCUUGACGUUGAACUGCUUUGACUGUCAAAGCUUGCUAAAACAUGGGGCAUGCCAAAUUGUCUUACAUUCUAUCAGCAUCUGUAAGUCUGUAUGUUGUUCAUAACAUAUCUUAUUGUCACUGAUUAUGCAGCCAUCAUUUUCAAAACCCAUCCAUUAAAAUGAUUGGACAAGAA